UUAAAUCCUUGCUGAAAUUGCAUAUGAAACCCAAUUUAUGUUUUCUGCAGUUCAUACAGUUAGCAGUGAGCUUGAAGAUCCUUCUCGGAUACAACCAGUUAUCUGGACGUCAUUAGUUUUAUGCACUGUUGUCUACAUAAUGACUAGCUUCUUCGGAUUCCUCCUAUUUGGUGACUCAACUCUUGGUGAUGUGCUGGCCAAUUUUGACACCGAUCUUGGCAUUCCUUACAGCUCUAUCGUCAGUGACAUAGUUCGCUUAAGCUAUGCUCUACACCUCAUUCUUGUCUUCCCAGUCAUCUUCUACCCGCUGCGUUUAAAUUUGGAUGGCCUCCUGUUUCCUUCUGCAAGGCCUUUGGUGUCUGAUAAUUGGAGGUUUGCUUUGAUGAGCAUAGGCCUAAUCUCUCUUAUCUUCCUAGGUGCAAAUUUUAUUCCCAGCAUCUGGGAUGCUUUCCAGUUCACUGGAGCUACUGCUGCAGUUUGUCUUGGGUUUAUCUUUCCCGGGACCAUUGUUCUAAGGGAUCCGCAUGGCAUAGCAACAAAGAAAGAUAAGAUCAUGUCAGUUUUCAUGAUUAGCUUGGCUGUAUUUUCAAAUCUGAUAGCUAUAUUCAGCGACGCCUCCAACCUGUUAAAGAAGAAUUUACCCUCACAUGCCUAGUAUCAUCACUGGGUUGAAGCUUUUUGGAAGAUGAAAUUGAGUUCUGACUUAAACAAGCUGUUCCGUGUAUUACCUAAAGUGAAUCCUUAAUGAAAUGAAUAACAUCACCAUCCAUUUGCAGGCAAAUCAUUACAUGUAGGAUGUGUUUGGAGGAAAGUUCAUUAAUGUAUGAUAUGGUAUUGAGAUGGUUUUACCUUAUUUGGAUCCUAUUCCAAAUACGUUGUAUGAUUUUUUUAAUGGCUUUUGCAUGGUUUUCC